AUGUGGAUUGAGGCCCCAGGAGAAGCUGAGGCUGAGCUUGCUUCUCUUGUGACUGCCGAUCGUCUGAACAUCGUGCUCUCAGAAGACUCAGACUGCUUUGUUUUUGGGGGUCCAGCCAUCAUGCGAUUUGAUCUGAACACAUCCAAUGAUGAGGAGGUUGUUCUCUAUUGUGCUGACAAUACAAAAGCGCAUCCUGACCUCCGCCUUGAGCAUGCAGAUUUUAUUUUCAUUGCUCUGGCUGCAGGUGGUGACUAUGGUCAAGGGAUCCCAAACUGUGGCAUAGAUACAGCAUUCCAACUUGCAAAGACCGGCCUUGGCCGGACACUUCUUGAGGGUGUAGAGCAUUACCAGGGGCACAACUUGUGUGCGUUUCUUUCUUCGUGGUGCCAGUCAUUAAUCCUUGAGGCUGCCACCAACAAAUCUGGGCUUCUUCCACACAAAUAUCCGCACCUUGCCAGGAGCAUUCCGGCCAACUUCCCAACUGUCAUGUCCCUCAAUCUUUAUGCAAAACCUCUUCCAGACCCUUCAAUGCUUGCAAGUUUCGCUGAACAUUGCUUCAUUUGGGGUGAUCCUGUUGGAAUCCUCAAGCACUUCUCUGAUGCUGUUUUCCCUGGGCUUGCCACCCAAUCCCUCAUGGCAGCUGCACAGGCCCAUGACCUUGGGUUCAGUGCUCAGAGUCAGACCCCAAUUUCGCAUGUCAUCAGUUUGCGAGGACCCAGUGCCUCAGCCAAGUGCCCCCGCCACCAAGAAGUCCGCCUCACUCUCUACCUCAGUUCCAAAUACGUCAACCACAUCGUCACAGCCCUUGAGAAAUGGAUGAAGGAAGAGCGUGCUAAGGUCAAAGCAUGGGCGCCACUUGAGAUGGUCAGGGUUACCUGGCCAGCCCUACUCUCUCCUCUACAGCUCUGCAUCUCCUCUGUCUCUAGCCCCCUGAAAUUCGAUAUGGCCAUUCUAAACUAUGCUGGAAUCCAUCAAGUCCUAUCUGAGCAAGCCUGGAAGCAUGAGCAGGAAGACAUCAAAGAUGAUAUUGAGGGUGAGAAGGAGACGCUUCCAGAUUUAGUGCCUGAAGACCUUAUCAGAACAGAUGCAGAGUUAGAGACUGUUUCUCAAUGGAGGACCACAGUAACAGGUGCAUCAAAGGGGGUUACUGACAAAACAGAAUCUGAGUAUCAUUGGUUGAUGAAGCAAUGUGUCGAGUUCUUGAUUUCGCACAAGCUCAUUCAAAAUUCUGCCAACUUCUUCUGCCCCAAUCCCCCGGAAAAUGCACCACUAUACAUUGUUGCAUGGAUUAUGAACCAAAAAUGCGAAGCCAUGACCUAUGUGUUUGGGAGGUUAUUUGGACUCGGAUCACGGCCAUGGCAGAAGAGCGAAGUCACAGGGCAAAUGGUUGGCAACCCGUCAGUAUCUGAGACAGUGGCGAUCUACAUGACAAGCUUACGAACACAAAAAGAAAUACUUGAAGACCUUUAUGACUUUAACCACCAUCCUGAAAAUUGGGAUCUGAAAGCCUAUGUACCAGGAUCACACUCCGAGCGGCCUUCCUUGCACCAGUGGGGUGGGCCUCUUGCCUGUCGUGCCCUUGGAGCCAUUUAUACUGUCGCCUUCUUGUGCCUUCUUCGUUCCAAUGAGGUUCUUAAAAUAUGCUGCAAGCAUGUUGAGUUCCACAAGGAUGGCAUGACACUUACACUGCCUUUCCGUAAGACACACCAGGAUGGUGGCAUUGAGCCAUUUGUUCUGCAUGCCCUUCAUGAAGAGGAGGCGCACUUGUGCCCUGUCCGUGCACUAGCUGAAUGGAUCGAUGCUAGUAAAAUAACCUCAGGUUACAUCUUUCGAAAGAUUGUAAUGGAUGACAGGCCGUCAGCUCAGGAUAUACCAAUGACUUCUGAGCAAUUCCUUGAGAUGUUCCGAAACAAUCUGCUUGAUAUCAAUGUUGAUCCCUACCCUUAUGGAACACACUCUUUCCGGUGUGCUGGGGUGGCUGGAGCCUCAAGUUUUCAAACAUGA